AUGAAAUUCACUAUAAAGACCGAAGAUUUUUCUGCGAAAUUCGUGGUUUAUGAUAAUGAAGAUCUCGAACGGUAUUUAGUUAAAAAUGAAAUGGAUGCAGUUAUGAGAAAAUUAACAAUAUUUGAUUUAGCUGACAAUGUUGUAUGUACUGUAGAAAAAAAAUUUUUUACAUUACGCCCAACAUAUGUCAUUCACAAUAGGCAUAACGAACUCGUUGCGAAUAUACGUAAAAAAUUGAACUUAUUACAUCCGCAAUUUACAAUUACAUCUGAACUUGACGAAAUUAAAUUUCAUACUACAGGAGACUAUUUUGGUGAAGUUUUUUCAAUAACAACUAAAGAUGAAAAAGAUAUUAUUGCUACGAUUACACGAAAAAGUGGUUAUACAAUUGAUAUAAUUGAUGAUGAACAUGAUGCUCCUGCUAUAAUUGCUGUCGUUAUAAUAAUACAUUUAUGUUGUCAUUUAACUAAAGAUGAAUAG